AUAUAUAUUGUACAGUAUAGAUUAUGUGUAUAAAAGAAUCGUAGAUACAUUUGUAAUACGCAUUGUAUACAUUUGCCUGAAAAAGUUUGCUGUAAAUAUACCCAAUGGUAGGUAUGCAAAAACCACUGUAAAUACGCAUAGAAUAAUUUACUGGCUCCUUGCUUAACAAAUAGGUGUUGAACCCACUGGACGCAAUUUGCAAUCGACCAAGACCAGAGGCAAUUUGCGUGAAUCAAUUAAGGAAUUCGAAAAAAAUUGACGCGGCGCUUCUACAAGACAGACCGGAUGUUAAAAUCUUCCUGCCAUUCCGUUUUUAUUUCUACAAGCCCGGAGAAUUAUUUCAACCCAACACAUACAAUAGAUUUUUAGCCGCCCCUGGAGGAGACCAUGUAAUAAGUUUAGUGGAUGAAAUAUCUUUCGUUGCACCACCAGCUCCCCCAAUAUCUCAAUUAGAUGAUGUUUCCCCUGAACAAUUUUGUAAUGGAGAUAAUAGGCCUGCUAAUUGUGGUACCAAUUGUAUGUGUACUCAUCAGAUUGAUAUUCCUUUAAAUGCGAUUGUUGAAGUUGUGCUCGUAGAUGAAGUUCAAUCUCCCAAUUUAAGUCAUCCAUUCCAUUUACACGGUUACGCUUUCCAUGUGGUUGGAAUCGGUAGAUCACCGGAUCAAAAUGUGAAGAAAAUUAAUUUAAAGCAUGCCCUUGAUUUGGAUAGACGAGGAUUGCUCCAUCGGCAGUUUAAUCUUCCCCCCGCAAAGGAUACUAUAGCUGUUCCUAAUAAUGGUUAUGUUAUCUUUAGGUUCAGAGCUGAUAAUCCAGGUUACUGGUUGUUCCAUUGCCACUUUUUAUUCCAUAUAGCAAUAGGAAUGAGUUUAGUAGUUCACGUGGGAACACAAGGAGAUUUACCACCAGUGCCACCCAAUUUCCCCAGAUGUGGAGAUCACUUACCACCGAUAACGCUACACUAACAAUUAGCGGUUAUUUAAUAAUUGGGUGAUGUUUAAAGUUAACCACUAGACUUAAACGAAAAUUAGCAUUAUUUAUUAUUUCCCUUCAAAUUCCCUUAAUAUUUAUAAACACCACCCUCUCCUUUAUUAACCCACCCAUUCAGUCCAUUCAUCAUCAUUAACAAAUUAGUUAUUUAAACCACCUUCAAUCAAAUCUAUUAAUUCUUCCCAAUCAUUUUCCCCAAAACCACCCUCCUCCCACCUUACAAUCCAAACUCGUACUGUGCCACAUCAAUUUUUGUUGCCUAGUUUAUGUUUUAUGAUUAAUUAUGAAUGUCGAGUUGUGAAUGAUGCAUGUAGUAUAUGAUAAUAAUAUAAACUAUAGUAAUUAAAACUAGAGUAAUACAAACAUAACUGUCGAAAAAAAAAAAUAGAUGAAUAUAAAUGUACUAGUCUUUAGUACCUAUUGCACAUGAAAAUGUGAAACGAACAAUAAUAGUUUUACGAAUUGACAUGUUAAACAAAUCAAAAUAAAUGAAAUUAGGAAGUGAA